AUGGAUACUGAAAAGAAACCUGUCGCGGGUGUCCCUGAAAGCAUUGAAGGGUUGACACUCAAGGAUGCUACACCCAGACUGGAGAAGAUUUGGAUCCGCUAUCCCAGGCUUCUGCAGCUAAACUUUCUCUUGCUGUGUGCCUUUCUCGGGCAGACUGCAACGGGUUAUGAUGGGAGCAUGCUCAACGGUAUGCAGGCCUUGCCUCAAUGGGAAAAGUACUUCGGAUCCCCAAGCGGUGGAAAACUUGGUGCCAUGGUCAAUGGCAUCGUCUUUGGUGUUUUGAUUGCCCUCCCCUUCUCGUCUCUUCUCUGCGAAAGGAUUGGAAGACGCUACCCCAUUAUCAUCGGCACCUCCAUUAUCAUCGUCGGCUCUAGUUUGCAGACUGCUGCUGUCAAUUAUUCCAUGUUUGUCGUUGGCCGGUUCUUCAUCGGUUUUGGCGGUGGCCUUGUUGCCGUUGCGUCUCCUCAGCUGAUGAUGGAGUGCGCUUACCCAUCGCAUCGUGGAAAGUUGGUGUCUCUGUAUAUGACCCAGUGGCCUGUGGGUUAUCUAAUUGCGGCCUGGGUUACAUAUGGCACUUUCAAGAUUCAGAGCGAGUGGAGUUGGCGUUUGCCCAGUCUGUUGCAGGUUGUCCCGUCUCUCAUUCAGCUGGUCCUCAGUUUCUUUGCUCCAGAGUCGCCACGCUGGUUGAUCUACCAGAACCGAACUAGCGAGGCCAUUGAUAUGCUCGCAAAGUACCAUGCAGAUGGAGACCACAACUCGCUCCUGGUGCGGGUUCAAGUGGCAGAAAUCGAACUCGCUCUCGCACAGGAGAAGCAGCAAAAGGCAAUGAAGUGGAGUGAGUUUGUGCGAACGCCUGGCAACAGACGCCGCCUGCUCAUUCUCAUCUUUGUUGGUUAUGCCACCCAGUGGUCUGGCAAUGGUCUCACGGCGUACUACCUGCCUCGCGUGCUCGAUUCCGUCCACAUCACGGCUCCGAAAACGCAACUGCUGAUCAAUGCCCUCAUCGCUAUCUUCAAGGUCUGCUGCUCCUUCGCUUGUGCCUUGUCAAUUGACAGAGUAGGUCGCCGCGGACUCAUUCUAUUUGGAACAACUGUCAUGUUUGUCGUCUUUGUCAUCUGGACUAUAACAUCCGCGCUCAACCAGGAGCGCAACUUUGAAGACAAACGUCUCGCCUCGGCUGUGGUUGCGAUGAUCUUUCUCUUUCACGUCGGAUAUCAGCCACUGGGUGCCGCUGCCAUUGUCUAUGUCAUCGAGUCUGCUCCGUUUUCGCUUCGCGCAAAGACGUCUAUGAUCUUUCAAUUCUGCGCUUACACCGCUAGUGUCUUCAACAAUUUUGUCAACCCUAUUGCGAUGGACGCAAUUCAGUGGCGCUACUACAUGGUGUACGUUGCAAUUCUCGCCGCAGAAGUAAUUAUCACUUAUUUCUUUCUCCCUGAGACAAAGGGGAGAAGUCUUGAGGAGAUUGCUGAAAUUUUUGACGGGCCGGAGGCCGCGGUCCGGGGUAGUGAUAUGACCAAGGGAGAAAAGAUUAGCUGUUCUAUUAAGGAGUAG